AAAUUAUUAAUAAACUUGUUCAUAUUUCCUUGAAAUGGAGAUGAAUCCAAUCAGAUGGAACCUUGAGAACCUAGAGCUCAACCUUAAUGAAGGUUUUAAGCCAACAGCUGUGACUAGCUGUAAAGCCAAGAAUUCAAGAAGAGGAGCUCUUCCUCUCUUUCAUACAGACUCGAAAAAUAAAAAGACAAUGAAGAAAUCUAAGCUCGAAGGUGCUAAAUCGAAGAGAGAACUGAAUCCUAAGAAUAUGAGAUUAGUUUGCAAUAGGCCUUCUUCAACACAAAAGUUCAAAAAUGUCAAGAUGACUACAAUCGAAGGAAACAGAAACCAUAUAGAUACUUUAUACAGAGAUAGCAUUGACCAAACAACUUUGUCAAAAACAAAACUAAAAACAAGUCACACAAACUCUAGUAGAAUAAACAGGAUCUAUGUGCCUGGGAAUAUCCCUAAGGUAGACUCACAGCCUUUCCUAAAGAAGAAAAGGACUAAAUAAGAACAUUAGAAUGAUUACGACUUCAUCUCCAUUUGUGAAAUCAAAUUUUUCAGAUUCUAAGACUUCGAAAUGAAAGACAUCGAAGAUCUCAAAGGCAAGAAAGGGUAGUGCCAAGAAGACUAUCCCCGCCACGACUAUUCCGAAAUCCCUAGUGAACAAACUUGUCGGGGUUCUGAAGGACUCAGAGAAAGGUGUGAGGAAGAACAUGAGAAAGAGUGCAUCAAUAGAGAAUUACCAAAAAGUCCAAGCGCUUGAGAAUAGGUUUAUGAGCGAUGAAAUAACGCCUAGAACUCCUAGUAUGGGUGCUGGGAUGUCUUCUCCAGACUGUAAUCCUUCUUUGAAGAAGAGUAAAUUUCAGAAGAACAACAGCAUGAUCUGUAUUCACUCUUCAUACACUAAGCUUAACAAUGUGAAUAUGGUAAAUGUCAAACCUGGGGAAGAAUAUUACGUUAAUUUCUACUCGUUAAACAAAAAGUCUGACGAAUUAUGUGCUACUAAUGAUAAGCUCCACCAGGAACUUGCCUUGCUUGGCAAGAAGAUGAAGAAGCUGCUUGAGUUUUAUAGAAAGAGAGAGGAAGGUAGGGCUAAAUUUCCUAUAAACCAUAGAUAA